CAGCAUGUGGUACAAGCACGGACCGCGCCAAGUAUUUGGGCCAUUUUCCCAGGGCGGCGCUGGGCUGCCUAAAUGGUGAUUUCCCUGAGUGACUACGAAUGUGAACCGAGAGGCUAGAGGUGAUCCACAACAAGUGGGCGAUGCUCGAGGUGCUGGGCUGCAUCUUCCCGGAGCUGUUCGCCCGGAAAAUGGUGAAGUUUGCAGAGGUGGUGUGUAUCAAGACCACAACGGUGGGGCCCAGACCUUCAUCCAAUUAAAGGAGGCCCGAGUCAUCUUGAUAGGAGCCAUGCUAUGUUGAAAGUGAUCAAACUUAGUCAUACAUGGCUGCAAAGAUUUGCAUGAUUGCAUGCAUACGUAGCAUUUGGUUUAUUUGUUUAUUAGUUAUUCAUUUAUUAUUAUUUGAAUAAGUCUAAGUAUUGUUUCCUACUGUUUAGGAGUCAUGGUUGCUUAGUUGCUUAAGUUGUUAUGCACGUUUCAAUGUGGCUAUUUAUUAGGAAGUUGUUAUUCUUCAUUUGUGGCUAUCCAUUCAUGUAAUUCGGCUAUAAAGCCUAGUUUUUUGAUCAAUGAAUAUGUGAGCUUGUGAUUUCCCUUCUACUGCCUUUUUCUUUGUGUAUUUCAAUCUCCUAAAUUUGGUAUCAGAGCCAGUGUUAGAUCAGUCCGUUAUACACAAAAGAAAUCAAAGAAAAACACCCAAAUAUGCAAAGCUCACCAAAUGGAAAUUCAGUAAAUCAAUUACCCUUGUUCAAAGGGAUUAAUUAUCACUUUUGGAGCCUGAAAAUGAAGACCCUCUUAAAGUCACAAGAACUUUGGAGUAUGGUGGAGGAAGGGUUUGCUGAUGAUCAACCUGAGGAGCCUGAUCAAGCCCUUCAAGAGAAAAGGAAAAAAGAUGCCAAAGCCUUUUUUCUCAUUCAACAAGCUCUAGAUGAUGAUGUUUUCCACGCAUUGCUGCAACCUCUACCUCAAAGGAAGCCCGGAGUAUUCUAAAGCGAGAAUACUUAGGUGACAAGAAGGUGAUCAUGGUCAGGUUGCAGUCUCUAAGGAGAGAAAUGGAGAAUACACGCAUGAUGGACAAGGAGUCAAUGCAGGACUAUCUAUCUAGGAUUACAUCUGUGGUUCAGCAGAUGAAGUCCUAUGGAGAAGAAAUAAAACCUCAGCAGGUUGUAAGCAAAGUGAUGAGAAGUCUUACAUCCAAAUAUGGCCAACUUGUGUGUGCUAUUGAAGAGGCUAAAGAUCUGGAAACAUACACAUUUGAAGAGCUCCAGGGAUCUCUUUAGGCCUAUGAAGAAAGAAGCAAUAGUGAGGCUGAAAAGGGUGAAGAACAAGCUUUUUAGGCCCAGAAUGAAUCACCCGGUGAUCAAGCCUUUCAGUUUCCAAGCGGUGGAAGAGGAAGAGGUAGAGGAGGCUUCAGAGGUGGUCAUGGUGGAAGAGGCAGAGGAAGAAGUUCCUCUAGUCAUGGAGGUAGACAAGUGUGACACCCAAAAAAAAAAUGAUAAAGUGAGAUGUGAAAUUAUUGUUUAAACAUACAAAUCAGAUUACAUUAACGCACACUUCUAUUGCUUGAUUUGUAACGUAGCCUUCUUUGAGUAAGUGAG